UCUUAUCUUGGUAGCCAUAUUGAACAUAUCAGCUGUUCGACGUUAGAAUUUGAAGGAUUUACAUUAAAUGGCUUAAUCCGUGAUCAUCCAAAUUACUACAAUAUAUUAGUUAUUAUCAGAUACGUAAUUUGAUUCAUUUUAUAAGUUUAAAUAUGUGGAAAGUGAGAGAAAUUGCCGAUAAAGUCACCAAUGUUGUGAUGAACUACACUGAAAUAGAAGCCAAAGUCAGAGAAGCAACUAAUGAUGAUAGCUGGGGCCCUACAGGAGCACUUAUGCAGGAGGUUGCACAAGGCACUUUCACAUACGAACAUUUUCCUGAAGUUAUGACAAUGCUUUGGAAGAGAAUGUUGCAGGACAAUAAGAAGAACUGGAGGCGGACUUACAAGUCACUGUUACUACUCAAUUACUUGGUGCGCAAUGGUUCUGAGCGUGUUGUGACAUCUGCGAGGGAACACAUCUAUGAUCUUCGUAGUCUUGAGAAUUACACGUAUGUUGAUGAAUAUGGGAAGGAUCUAGGAAUAAAUGUAAGACAUAAAGUUCAUGAAUUGAUAGACUUCAUUCAAGACGAUGAUAAGCUUAGAGAAGAACGGAAGAAAGCAAAGAAGAAUAAGGAUAAAUAUGUGGGGAUGUCAAGUGAUGCAAUGGGCAUGAGGUUUGGUGGCAGUAGUGGAUGGGAUGACACUCCUCGUUGGAAGAAGGAUGAAUUUGGUGAUUGGGAUCCGGAUAAGGGGGGAGGAAUGUCUCGUGGAAUUGGCAGGCAUGGAAGUAGGAGUUUUGAUGACAUGGGAAACAACAGUGAUGAUGGAGAUAACUAUGAAUCUGACAGUGAAAGGGGCACACAGACAAGAAGAGGGCGUGAAUACAGGGACAAGGACAGUGACAGUUUAGAUUCUACAGAGAAAAGGGACCAUAACAACAGUAAACCUGGUACUCCAGCCAGAACAAAACCAUCAGCUGCUAAUGUUAAGAAGAUAGACCUAGGAGCUGCAGCACAUUACGGCAAAGAUCCCAGUUCAUUGAACAGCAGUCCUGUGAAGGCAAGGCCAAAUGCAAGCCAGCAGGAUGGUGGCAGGGGGCAAGGUGGUUUGCUUGGUGAUGUAUUGGGAGGAAGUGCUGCCUCAGGUCUUGGUGAUGAAGAUGAUUUCAAUCCUCGAGCAUCAGAAAAUUCUCAUUCCUCAACUGUAGGAGAGUUUGGUGAUUUCACCAGUGCUUUUGGAAAACCUGCAGCAAGCAAAACUAGUGGUGGGGAUGAUGAGUUUGCGGACUUUAGCAGCGUGUUCAAUGCGAAUGUUGCUUUGUCUUCCAAUACUGUUGGCAGCAGCAGUCAAGAGUUAAACUCUGGAGCCAUAAACAGCCAAGCUGCGAUACCAAGCAGUAAUGGAAAUUUGGAUGUUAGCCAGUCCAAUGCAGAUUUGCUUUCUGGCCUUGGUGGUGUCUUCAGUUCAGUUCAGCCCACUCCUUUAGCAAAUAACAGUGCUCAUUCAGCUGUGCUCCUUACGACGAAUCAUAACCUCAGUCCACUAGAAGCCACCUAUACUUCACCAGGAGGACUUCCGAACUCUACAUCUGGUGUCGCGGGGAUACCACAGCUUCAGCCAGCAGUAGAACAUCCUCAUCAAUCCACCACAAUGUCUUCCAGCCAACAAAAACAGCAGAUUGGCAGUACGUGGACCAAUUCUGGGAGUCUUAAUAUUGACAUUGACAAUCUAAGCAUAUCUGGUUUCCGAGGAACAUCCAGAUCUGGCAUGUCGGCUCCAUCAAUGAACCAGCUGGCUGUGAGCAAUCCUACGUCUCCCUUGUACCCUCAGCAGACCAGUAAUCGGCUACCAGUCAUGUCUCCUGGAAUGGGUGGUGUGGGUGUGGCACCGGCCUGGCCCCUACAGCAUAACAUGAGUAUUCCACAACAGCAGCUGCCUCAGAACCAAGCAUUCUUCCCAGCAUUUAAAUGAGGGUAUCUUCUGUUGUUAGGUAAGCAUUUCAUAUGUGGGAUCAAAGCGUUGCAGCUCAUGUGGCAUGUUGUAACAUCAUAGCCAAAGCCAAAACUUGUCAAGUAUUCAUUCACACAGCUUCCAAUUUGCUUAUUUUUGGGUAUAUCAUAAAUACUCGGAAUAUCUGCCAGGCCACUGUCUACUAUUUCGGCGUUGGUAUCCAUACACAAUUUGAACGGGCAUUUGAUCUAAAUUUGUCAAUACUUGAAUCUGGAAGUGGUUAGUUAUACAUAUUUAUGUUACUCUGUAGAGGAAAUAAAAGAUGUAUGAUUUUAAAUAAAUUUCCCUGUUUUACCAGAUACUGGUAAUGGUGUCUUGUUGGUCAUGCAUGUUUAUGGGUCUGUGCUUGUACACUUACGCCACGAGAUGUGGCAUUGCGCUAUCUGUGCCAGACAACCAUUUACAAAUUUUGUGCUUGUAGUUGGCUUCUGUUCAAACUCACGCUUUAUUUUUGCCCCAUUGUUUACAGUAUUUUAAAAGGAGGAGCAAAUUGGAAUGCUGGUUUCAUGUUUCAUUUGCCAGAGUUAUGAUAUUAUCUGAUAUGUGAAUUUAAAGGUUAUAUGAAAAAGUGGGAGAAUAUAUUUUUAUAGCAUUGCCCUUUAAGUUGUAAAUACUAGUUGGGUUAAAGCUUCCUCCAUUUUGAGAUGUAUUAAGAGAACUAGGAAGCUGUGAAAUAGUCUGUUGCAAGAUUUCAUUUACAUUUCUGAACUUGGUUCAGUGUUACAUUCAGAUAUGUACAGUAUUGUGUUAAUGCAUUGCACUUGGGCUGCUGUGGUGGUGAGUAAGCAGAUUGUCAUGACUUGCAGUCUGCUAGUUGCAAAUUGUUUGAAUUUGUUAUUAAAUAAGGGGUAACGUUGCAAUAUAUGCAGUGGAUUAUGGUUCACUUGUGAUAGAAAAUUGGGAAAUAACUAAAAGGAAAAGGCAGAUGUAUUGGAGAUUGUGCCUUGCAAAUGGACAACACGCAGAAUAGUGAAUUUUUCCACGUGAUUACAACUGCACAAUACAAUUAAUGCAAUUAAAUGCUGAGUUCAUCUAAAACUGAUGGUUUCUUGUUUCGUUCGUUGUGUGGGCAGUGGGUAAGUCUCAAUAACUUUCAGGCUCACAGUUAAGAACAUUCUGGAGCUGCAGUCUCUUGAACAAUAAGAAGGAAUACCGGCAUUGCAUAAAUAUUAUUAAAUGUAUCUCAUCUUUCUCCUUCCUUUUCUGUUUCUCAUCAUCUUUGCAUUUACAUUGUACAUUCCUGUAUCAGAAAACAACGCUGGUCAUGCAGGAUUAAGAUCAGACACCCGUGUGUUCUGAUGUGGUGAGAUAUGAAUAGUGUCUUGAAACACACAGUUGUGCACUGAGGAUAUGAAUGGAUUAGAGUGGGCCUUUGAGCAUUAGAAUGGACUGGCCUGUUGUUUGGCCACCCAGGUUUUGCUCUUUUAUUGAAGGAAUUUGGUUUACUGUCAUAAGAUUACAUUUGUAGAAUACAGUAGCCAGGUACCCUCUAUGGACUGGCCUAGGAAGGUCUGUCAUAAUUCAUAAUGUCUCAUAUUUGAAUGACCGUGAUACACUGCCUUGAAACAUAAUAAUUCAUUCAGUUCUACCAAUGUAAAUUGCCUCCUAUGAUAUUUGGAACUGACUCAGGAUUAUGGCUUUGGUAUCAGCAGUUUUCAAUGACUGAUGGGUUGUAUUGCUAGUUCGUUAGGCUUAAAAUAUCAUGGUCUGUAUUUUCUAAAUUGAAAAUGUCUCUACCAUAGAAGAAUUGCUGGAGGUGUGCCUCAGGUACUGAAGCAGUUGGGGUGGUGUGUAGUUCCCAGUUAGUGUCAAGAGUACUGAUGUUAAUCUUAUCUGCAUCAGGUAUUUAUCAGCAUGCAUGGCAGUACAUUAACAGUGCAUAACUUUGGCCUUUGGUCACAAUUUCCUUCACAUGAUGUCUGUUGUUUGAAGUUAUAUUUUAUACCUAUUAACCCUUUCCAUGCUGUUGACACACUGUUUUAUUCAUUGACAAGAAUAUCUUUAUGAUCAAAUAAUGUAGGCAGAAGGUGGUAUAUGUGUGAGAAAACAGACAUAGCACAGAAGGGUAAAAACCCACUAAGAUAACAGAAGUUUGUACAAAGCAUAGGAUAUGAAUUUGUUCAUUUGAAGUAACAGUUAAUUUGCAUUCCAGAUUUAAGCAAGAAUUAAAAAUUGAUUUCAUUCCAUGCGUAUAUCCAAGUGAGAAAAUGACAGCAUAAUAUUUCUGUUAAAUAGAAGCAAUUAUUUUUAAAAUAUAUAUUUUUCUUUAUUUUUAAAAUAUUCAGGAUAUUAAUGAUGGACUGAUUGAAUUAAUUUUGCAGGAUUCUUUCUGUUUUAGGGAUAUGUUUGUAUAUUUGUUAUAUAUAUAUAAAUGAAGCUUAUGUAAAUAUAUAUAGGGAUAAGUAUUAAUAAUGUAAAAGUUGCACCAUGAUUGAUUUUACAUUUUUGGUUUAUGAUAUUUGGGUGUAUUUCCUAUACAGAACACUCUCAUACUUGUCAGAUAUGGCAAGAUGUGGCAGUUUCAAGCAUGUAAUCACAUUCUUGGAGCUCUGCCACUGCUCAUGGUGCUGGGGUAAAGAAUUUUGUACAGGUUGCUGAAUUAUAGGGGCACAGACUGUGUUUAUUAUGAAACACAUUCAGUGAAGACAAUUCAGAACAUGUUUCUUCCUGAUACAGUGGAACCUCCUUUCAGUGUUUAUCAGUUUAAGGUUUUCCCUCAUUUAAUGUUGAAUUUCAAGGAUUCUAAGUAUUCCAUUGUUAAAUUUCCUCAGUUUCCUGUUCAAAUAUGCUGCUCCCAAAAUAAAUCUUAAAGGAGGAAAUCGAAGUUUCACUGUAGUGAUAUUCCAUUUUUUUAAGGAACUCUGGUUGAAGUUACAAAUUAAUGCUGUUGUGUUAAUGAUAAAACUAUUUCCAUCUCGAUUUUUACAUUCUUGACAUGAUGUUUAGUUGAUUUGGAUUUAACUUCUUACACAUCUAGCACAUAAUAUGGUUAGGUAAGCAGAGAGAAAUUUUGUCCAUGCAUACUUCAAACUAAUAGUUUAAACUUUUACUAGAAGUAUGCAGAAAUCCACUAUUCUGUUUGUCUUUCUAAUAUGUUCUAUAAGAAAUGUGUGGGAAGUAUGUACAGUGUGAUGACCGUAACUUGUGGGAAGCACUAUAAUGAGACUCCUAUGACUGUAAAAGGAUUAAUGAGGUUUAGUGUGGAAGGACUGUCAUGACGAUCCUCUGAAGGAUGAAAUUCAUCAGAAUAAUAUUUAAAGAUUUAUUAUCACACAGAAACAGUUUCCAGUUAAUGCUCUUUGGGGGAAUAAUUGCUGUGUAUUGCGAGAAUCUUAUGAAACACAUAAAUACAAUCUGUGGGCAAAAUGUGGAGGUAGUAUGUAUAGUUUGCAUCUGUGUCCUUAAGGGGACCUUCAUUUGGUUUCAUGACUUUCAGUUUACAAAAUGUGGCUAUAAAGUCUUGACGAUGCUUUCCUGCAUCUGAGGUUCAGAAACUGAGUCAACAUGAAUCUAGCUUAUGAAAAUGCUCUAAAAUGUGAUUUAGCAAUUAAAAACAAAUUUCACUUGUCCCUAAUUACUUCUGUAAAGUACUCUAUCAGACUGUAUGUAAUUUAAUGUGACAUUGUAAAUUUAAAAUCAACUCAGUAUAUUUCAUGUUGGUAGGCACCAGAAAAGGAUAGCUGUGGGAAAUGCUGUUCUGGGCAGUGCACAUUUGGAGCACGUGUUCAUUUAAUGCUAUUAAUUAAUGGCAGGAUUUUUCAUGUGAAAUGUGAUGGCCCACAUUAACUUCAGAAUAGCCUCAUUGACCCCUGCUCCAUAUGAAAAGGAAAAUUAAUUGCCUACAUCAUUUUAACGUGCACUCACAGUGUCUUCUUAUCCCACUGGUUACACACUGAAAAGUUUGAACAAACAUGGGCCAGAUGGCUGAGUUCCUUGGAUAAAUGGAAACACACAGUUUUCUGUUAACUUAGUGCACAGAUUGAAGCAUACAUUGCGCAGGUUUGUACAGUAAUCUGUGUUUGUCGUAUUUACUGCUGUUUCAUCAUGAAGUUUUUACUCAGUAACUUAAUACCAUCUGCAACACUAUGUAUGCAGGUAAUGGAAUAGGUAUAUUCCUGUUUGAAACAUCUUUGAGGGUAUGUUGUACUGUCAGGCUAGUUGUCAAUGGAAAUGUCAUCCACUGCAUCACUCUUUGAGCAAACAUCAGCCAUGUAUCCCUUCUGCCACUUUACAUACACACUGCCUUCACCUUGGGUAGGUGACCUUAUGGAGGAAAUGUCCUAUAUGGUGAGUUUGGUUCCCACUCUAUGUUAAAUGUAAUCUAGCAAUAUUCUGAUGAUGUAAUGUACGUAACUAAUUGAUGAAGAGAUAGCUUCAAAGAUGUUUUAGACAGAGUAUUAUAAUUUGAUCAAGAAGUUUUGCAAACCAAGCUAUGCAUGCUUCAGUGGUAAAAAUAGAUUGGAGUAUGAUGCCUUCUAUAAAAAAAAAAAAGGCUGUCCCUUGAGUAGAUGAAUGUGUUUAUAUGUACAUUUUUUUUUGUUUUACAUUACAGAAAUUGUGAACAUUUUUACUUGGGGAAUAGGUUGUGGUUAUUGUUACAUAUGGUGUGAACUGAAAUACGUACAGAUGCUGACAACAGUACAGUUACUAUGUACAUAGCAACCCUAUUUGUUGUAAAUGUCUUAAUAGGAACAUCGGUGUAUUCAGAAUUAAUUAACAUUGUGCCUUAAGAAAAACUAGGACUGUCUGCAACUGAUGAAUGUAAUGAAUAUCUUUCAGUAAUUUAAAUAAAGUGUCAUUGUUUAAAUCAUUCUUUAUUUUAAAGUUUUCAUACCCAUACUUGUUUCUCAUGAACUUCACCAAGCAGCAUAUCCUGAGAAACUGAUCAUCACUCAGACUGUGAAGAAAUCACACGCUUUUUAGAACCAUAAGGUUCAAUAUUAUGUCCAUGACUAGGCCAUAUCCUGAGGCAGAUGAAACUAAUCCACAACCCCUUUCACAGUUUCAGAUCCGUUUUAGACUCAUGGGAUAAGGGUCUGGUUUCUAUGUACUGAACAAUGAAGCUACAGCUCACAAUUCUAAAAAUAUAAUUAAAGGCAGUCCUAAGAAAAUAAAGUUCCUUCCCUAGAUGUUGAAAUGGUACAGGAAGAACUAAGGAUAAUUUACAUGCAAUUUUAGAUUGAAAUAACAAUGACCGUAGAUUCCGGGAAAUGAUACCUCAUAGACUGGUGAAUAGUUACAUGUGCUUCAGAGGAACCUUGUCCCUCCAUCUUCAGGAAAAA